AUGAUGCCAAACUAUUUAAGAAUUUAUUCUGUAAAACUUCGAAAUCCACAAAAGGACUUUACAUUUGCAACUGUUCGUGGAAGCUCCGUGGACAUGUACUUCAAAAGUCAGGUGGAGCUUGACACCAUCUACCGAACAAUGGAAGGUCGCAAUGUGGAUACAGUUGAAGAGGGUAUACAGUCAGUAAAGUCAGGUGCUCUAAAAGCCUUCAUUUGGGAUUCCGCGCGUCUUAAUUAUGAAGCUUCAAGGGAUUGCGAUCUCGUAACCACGGGGGACGUUUUUGGGCGCGUAGGAUAUGGACUGGCUAUGAAGAAGGGCAAUCCAUGGAUCUAUGAGCUAUCUCAAGCUGUUCUCAGCUUUCAUGAGCGAAACAUUAGCUUAGAUGCAAAAUCACCUACCAUGAAAGAAAUACCAUGUGAAAGCUUCGUAGAAUUAGGCUUAAUUAAAACUGCACUAAAUGGUGUUUACUUCCUCUAA